AAUAUCGAAAGGUUGGCUGAGCAAAGAAACACAGUAAAAGAAAUCGAUAGAAUUUUUUAAACUUUCGCUAAACUUGAAAUUUAAAAUUUAAAAUUUGAGAAAAAUGAAAAUUGUUUUAAACAAAAAGCUUAUUAUAGGCGUUGUAAUGUCUGCUGUCUUAAUAUUAAUCUUAAUUCCGUCUCUCAUAUUUGGCUUGAAAAUCCGAGACAAAAACGACGGACGCAACUUUGGAGCGAUCGUAUCAAAUGGCUACGGAUGCGCCGAUAUAGGCCGUGAAGCAUUAUAUGAUGGAGGGACUGCCAUAGAUGCCGCGAUUGCUACAUUAUUAUGUGAAGGCGUUGUUGUUGCGCAUAGUAUGGGUAUUGGUGGUGGUUUCGUGGCCACUAUUUAUAAAAGGCUCGACGCAAAAGUAGAGACCAUCAUUGCGCGUGAAUCGGCCCCAGCUGCUGCUCAUAAAGAUAUGUUUGUUGGAGAGACCUCCGUAACUGGCGCUCGAGCUGUGGCAGUGCCAGGAGAAAUUUUAGGCUAUUGGGAACUACAUAAACGAUACGGACGUUUACCGUGGAAAUCCUUGUUUCAGCCAACCAUUAAACUUUGCAAAGAAGGUCAUUUCGUAUCGAAAUAUUUGGCGGCUGCUUUAAAAAAAGAAGAAGAAAGGAUACGAGCUGAGCCCUCCAUGGCGGAAGUAUUUGUUAAGCCCGAUAAAAGUCUAUAUAAAGAGGGCGAUUUUCUGAAAAGACCUACGCUGGCCAUGACUUUAGAAAAGAUAGCUGAUAACGGGGCAGAUGAAAUAUAUGGUGGCGGUGAAACCGGUAAAAUGCUAGUAAAAGAUAUACAAAAUAUGGGCGGAAUUAUUACGGAAGAAGACCUGAAAAAUUACAAAGUCGAAUGGCAAAAUGAACAUGUUGAGGCGAAAAUAACUGGUGGCUAUAAACUUUAUUCUACCCCAUUACCUUCGAGUGGUGCAGUUCUAGCUUUCAUUCUAAAUGUCAUAAAUGGUUUGUAUACUGACAAUCAGGACAUUUAUUGGCAUCGUGUAAUUGAAACUUACAAACAUGCCUAUGGCCAACGAACCAAUUUGGGCGAUUUGGAUAAUGAACCGGACGACCCAAAAAUGAUUAAGGACACGUUUGAGAAUUUGAUUAGUGCCAAUUUUGCUCAGAAAAUUCGCAACUUAAUUCGUGACAACGAGACCUUUUCAGAUAUGUUAUAUUAUGGUGCAAAUUUCACCAACGAAAACGACAGCGGCACUGCUAAUAUGGCUGUUUUAGCUCCAAAUGGUGAUGCUAUUACUGUUACGAGCACUAUAAAUAAUUACUUUGGGGCCAAAGUGCGUUCUUCUUCGACUGGUAUCAUUUUGAACGACGAAAUGGAUGACUUUUCUACGCCGGGUGUUGUAAAUUCAUUUGGUGUGCCAGCCUCGCCCGCCAAUUAUAUACAUCCUGGUAAAAGGCCCUUAUCCUCCAUGUGUCCUAGCAUUAUACUCGAUGGCGAAGGCAAUGUACGUUUGUUAGUAGGGGCCGCAGGGGGUACGAAAAUUACCACCGCGGUAGCUCAGACUAUUAUUAAAUAUUUAAUACUUAACGAGAGCCUACAUCAAGCAGUUAAUGACGGAAGAUUGCAUCACCAAUUGGCCCCAAUGAAGGUAACUAUCGAAUCAAAAGUUCCCGACAAGAUUGUUAAAUAUUUGAAAAGCGUCGGUCAUGAAAUUGAGACUUCACCCGAGGGCACCGGUUUCGCUGCUCUAACAGCUAUCGGUAUGCGAUCGGGUAUACCGGAACCAUACUAUGAUAGUCGACGUGUUGGCAGUGCGGCAGUUCUGAAGAAAAAGCGCAGCAGUUUAUCAUUGCAAAAGAUGCCAAAGUCUGUCACAUAACAAGUUAAGAAAGCUCCCCUAUAUAUUUUGUAAUUGUGUGCUUAUACAUAUAUGUGAUUUUAUAUUUUAAUAAUUCGUUAGUUUUU